CACCCUGAACAUCAGCCGAGCUUACACAGCUGAGGUUGUGUGCAUGUGUGUAUAUGUAUAUGUAUAUAUAUAUAUACAUCGAUGAAAACAGUGACAGCAGUCGUGAUUAAUCAGCCUGUCGUGUGUGAUUAUGAUGACGAUGAAGCUCUGCUGAAGCCGAAUAAAGCGUAAGAUGUGAGCAUUGUCAUGGAAUAUAAUGAAAGACUUGCUCGCUUUCGUCAGGGUCUUGUCAAUCCAUUUGACAGGGGAGAGAAUGACAGCAGCUCAGAUGAGAAAGAUCCUCCCAAACAUGAGGUGAGGUCGGAGGUCUUCUCUGAAUCCAGAAGUCAGAGUUCAGACCGCACGAUGGAUCUGGGCUUGGCUGAAGACCACUUCUCUCGACCUGAUGGCUCGUUCAUUGCAUCUGAUAUAGAGCAGCUGAAACAGGCCAUAGAAGAGUGCAAGAGACUGAUCCUAGAACUACCAGAACAUUCUGAGAAACAGAAGGACACAGUGGUAAAACUGAUCCAUCUUCGACUCAAACUUCAGGAGUUAAAGGACCCAGAGGAGGAUGAGCCCAACCUGCAGGUUCUGUUAGAACAUCGCUUCUCAAAAGAGAAGAGCAAGAGUGUCAAACAGACAUGUGACAAGUGCAGCACCAUCAUCUGGGGCCUCAUUCAGACCUGGUACACCUGCACAGGGUGUUAUUACCGUUGCCAUAGCAAAUGCAUGAAUCUCAUCACUAAACCAUGUGUGAAGUCAAAGGUCAGCCACCAGUCUGAGUACGAACUGAACAUUUGUCCUGAGAUCGGACUGGACAAACAGGACUACAGAUGUGCAGAGUGUCGCACACCCAUAUCUCUACGGGGUGUUCCCAAUGAGGCACGGCAGUGUGAUUAUACGGGUCAGUAUUACUGUAGCAGCUGCCACUGGAAUGACACUGCCAUUAUUCCAGCUCGAGUCAUACACAACUGGGAGUUUGAGGCCCGCAAGGUGUGUCGUUCAUCCAUGCGUUAUCUGGCUCUGAUGCUGUCGAGGCCUGUGCUCAGACUGAAGGAGAUCAAUCCUCUGCUCUUUAACUUUGUGGAGGAGCUGGUGGCGAUCCGAAAGUUACGUCAAGAUAUCUUACUAAUGAAGCCAUAUUUCAUCACCUGUAAGGAAGCAAUGGAGGCACGACUGCUGCUGCAUCUUCAGGACCGUCAGCACUUUGUGGAGAAUGAUGACAUGUACAGCCUACAGGACCUGAUUGAUAUCUCCAGUGGGCGUCUUAGCUGCUCCCUCACUGAGAUUCACACAACCUUCGCCAAACACAUUAAACUGGACUGUGAGAUUCAUUGUCAUCUCGGAUGAGGCCGAUGACAGUGGUGUCGUCUGCAAACUUCAGGAGCUUGACAGAGGGGUCCUUGGCGAUGCAGUCAUUGGUGUAGAGGGAGAAGAGUAGUUGGGAGAGAACACAUCCCUGGGGGGCACCAGUGCUGAUUGUACAGGUGCUGGAAGUGAGUUUCCCCUGUCUCACAAGCUGCUGCCUGUCCAUCAGAAAGCUGGUAAUCCACUGACAGAUAGACGUGGGAACAGAGAGUUGGUGUCAUUUAUUCUGGAAUAUAGCUGGGAUGAUGGUGUUAAAAGCCGAACUGAAGUCCACAAAAAGGAUCCUUGCAUAUGUCCCUGGUCUGUCCAGAUGUUGCAGGAUAUGAUGCAAUCCCAUGUUGGCUGCAUCAUCCACAGACCUGUUUGCUCGAUAAGCAAAUUGAAGCGGAUCUAGAAAGGGUCCAGUGAUGUUCUUCAGGUGGGCCAACACCAGUCUCUCAAAUGAUUUCAUGACCACAGACGUCAGGGCGACAGGUCUGUAGUCAUUAAGUCCUGUGAUUUUUGGGUUCUUUGGGACAGGAAUAAUGAUUGAACAUUUGAAGCAGCAUGGGACUUCACACUGCUCCAGUGAUCUAUUGAAGAUCUGUGUGAAGAUGGGGGCCAACUGGUUAGCACAGGAUCGAAGACACGUUGGUGAGACGCCAUCUGGGCCUGAAGCCUUCCUCAUCUUUUGUUUCCGAAAGACACGGCUCACAUCAUCUUCACAGAUCUUAAGUGCAAAUUGAAACUGUAUUGAAAGUGUUGCUCCAAUGGCGUGGAGCGUAACGUUGGUGUGCUGGUGUCUGUAUGACUAGGGUUUGGUUCUGCAUUUGGCAUAAUAUUUUUCCCAUUCUUUUUCUUGACUCCACUCUUAAUAUUUUCUUUAAUACUACUUAUAAUACAUGCAUAUGAAUAUAAAGGUAGUUUUACUAUAGUAAUAUUGUAGUAACCAUGUGGUUUUUUUUUGUUUGUUUUUUUUGGUGGAAAUAUUAAUGCAAUUAACAGUGGUGUUACUACAGUAAUAUGGUGGUAAUAUAGUAACAAUGUUUAAUUUUGUGGUUACAAUUAUUUUACUACAAAAUACAAUGGUGAUACUAUGGUUAUUGUAUCUGUAGAGGACGUCAGGACAGAUCCGUGUUUCAGUCGGUUUAUGCAUAAUUUAGGACUUAUUUAGAAACCUUUUAACACUUUUUAUCGAGACAUUUUUCUAGAAUCUUUUUUUUUUAACAGUCAGAAGUUUUAAACACUCAGAGCUUCAGUGAUUCACACCUGAACUCGACGGGGGGAGGAGGUGUUUAAAUCUUUUGUUUGAGCUGAAAAAGGUGCAGUGGGCACUCACAUUUUGCCAGGUAAGAAUAUGAUCAAUUACAUUCGCAACAUACAUUGAAAAAAUAUAUUUAUGCUAAUAACAGACAAACUUAUUGGCUUUAUUAAUUCUUGCAGUUUGUUGUUCAUUAAAUUACCGAUUGAUUUUAUAAUGUCACAUAACCCUGAUAGCACACAUCUAUCACCCAGAUGUCUAUUUGAUGUGUGUUUACAUCUGGAAGACAUAUUUUUUAGGGUGUUUGCUCAUCUGCAAUACUUCUACAAAACGUUUCCUUUCAGAUGUUAAUAAGACAUUCAGCAGAUGUCUUUGAGAUGUUUAUGAUUUAGAGUGUUUGUAAAUCUGAUAUUUUUAAGAUGUUUAGCAGAUUUUAAUUAGAUUAUGAUGCUUUCUAAGAAAUAUCUCAGAGACAUACAUGUGGAAGCUGGGAAUAUUUGGGAGCGGCGUUUUGAUGAGAUUUCAUACGUCAUAAUAUGACAAGACCAUCAUAUUGUGAACGUGAAGCACAAGUUAAAAUGGACACAUUGCUGGAUAACGUGCACCAUUUCACACCGAACAAAGAAACCUCAUUUGAACAUAAAGAUGCUCGCAACUGUUACCGCAGCCUAGCACAAACUGAUAACGCUGUGUGAAGUUGUGCUGAACAUUUUGUUUUUGAACAGAUCGAAUCUCCUGCCUCUACGUUUUUUUGUUUUGUUUUUUUGUCUUGCAUCAUUCGCUGUUCGAGUUAAUUAUACCACUUAUUUUCAUCUGUACAAGGGUGUCAACAUUAUGUAGUAAGUUUAUUCAGAUCUCAGCCCCAGUUAAACUGGAACACCGGAGAAUGAGGUAGAGGGAACCCCCACUAUCACAGCGUGACGGCAGGCAUGAUUAAAAGAAAGUAAACACACCAGCAACUUUAGAACAUUUGGAAAUAAAGUGGAGCAAGGAGAACAAAUCUUGCUCAGACAUCAUGUUCGUUAUUUACACGCAUCGCGGAGCUCAUUGUCUCGGCUCGUUUGGCUGCAGCAUGCGCAAUACAGUGUGACAAAAAGCAGUAAUGUUCCACACUAUUGUGAACUACACUCACGCUAUUAUACUGUAUAAUGUAGUUAAGUUCAUAAACUUUAUCAUGUAAUCAUGAACGCUGCCACCCUAUGCGAAUGUAUUGCCAAUGGUUUUACCUUUAAAACACAAUUGUGACAAUAAAUAUAAGUUAAAUACCAUGUUUAAAUUAUAUUCAGUAUAAUAAGAACAAAUGACCAACAAUGAUCUUACAGGACACAGUGUCAGUAGCAGCCACUGCGCAAAAUGGCCUUUUGUGAAUCUGCUGGAUGUAGUUUACUUUCUACAUGUAUCCAAACAGACAAUAAGAUAAGAAAGAUGGCAGGUUCUGGUAGUAUCCUGGAGUUCAUACGUGAGUGCACAGCCCCUGAGCUAUCAGUCCACAUGUGUUUAUCAAAGAACUUGAGCUUUUUACUACUCCAAACCAACUGCAGUAACUUUAAAGGAAUAUAAUUUAAAAAUGACAAAAUAAACACAUAUAUAUGUUUCAUUACGCUUAUGAGCAGGGUUUCAAUUGAACCACAUUAAUCUAUCACUGCAGACUAGCCGAGUCAAUUAUAACACGGGUUAACACUGUUAAUUAAAUGCAUUGUUGUUUUACAUCACGUGCUACACAUCAAAAUGUAAAAAUACAAGUAAUAAUAUUAACAAUGUUUUCACGUUUCCUUCUACAGUAAUGUUGAUGUUUUCAAGUUUGCAUUUGAACAGUUGGUCAGUCAAAAAUCAAACUUUGUAUAAAUAAAGCUUUGAUUGAAGAAAAAUAUGCGUGUUGAAUUUUUUUAGUUUCAAGCUGUUCACCACUUCAGUUUUUUAUUGUUAGUGUUCAUGAAUAAUAGAUUUUCAUUCAUUAAUGUAAAUGAUUGUCGAUUAAGAAAAUUUGCAACCCUGAAGUUGGUGGUGGACAACACGAUCAGCAGGAACCUGCUGAAAUACAAACCUCAUUUCCAAAAAAGUUAGGACAGUGUGCAAAAUGUAAAAAAAAAAAAAAAAAAAAAAAAAACAAACAAAAAAAAAAGACUUGCAAAUCCUUUUUUACCUGUAUUCAGUUGAAAACAUUACAAAGACAAGAUUCUUACUGUUUUAACUGGUCAUUUUUUUAAAACUUUUUUUUACAUUCAUUCAAGUAUGAUGCCUCGAACAGUCAAGUCAUUUUUAUUUGUAUAGCGCUUUUCACAACACACAUGAUUUCAAAGCAGCUUUACAGAAAAUGAUGCUUUAACAGAAAAAGAAACUGUAAUAUAGUAAUGUCUUCAAGUCAUAACAGUGCGGUUUGAUAAAAAAAAACUUGAUUGUAAAUUGUGCCUUGAAAUAAAUAAGUAAAUAAUAUUUGUAUUUAGACCCCCAGUGAGCAGGCUAAAGGCGACUGUGGCAAGGACACAAAACUCCAUAAGAUGUUGGUUAACUGAUAAAAAUAACCUUGGGAGAAACCAGGCUCACUGUGGAGGCCAGUUCCCCUCUGGCUAAACAGCAUGAAAAUAAUACCAAUAUCAGUUACUUUUACAUUCACAUUUAGUCACUUAGCAGAUGGUUUCAUCCAAAGCGACUUACAAAUUAGACACAUAGCAAGCAAUUUGUAAUACAAAGUUUAAGAACAGCUGCAGUAUAGUACUGCCAAGUUCUCACAGUGGCUGGAGUAGUAAAGAUGCUAGCACAGAAGAAAGGAUAUUUUUUGUGCGUUAAGUGCAGUAGUAAGUGCAAUUAGUGUGGGUUGGUUAAGUGCUCACAGAACAGAUGUGGUUUCAGCUGGUUCUUGAAUGUUGAGAAGGUAACAGUAGAUUGUGUGGAGGCUGAAAAUUCAUUCCGCCACAGAGUAGCAGAUAAAGUGAACGAUCGUGAAAUACACUUUGAGCCUUUUUGUGAUGGUACAACCAGGCGUCGUUCAUUCAUAGACCGCAGAGAGCGAGUUGGAGCAUAGACCUGAAGAAGUUAAUUGAAGUAAGAGGUUGCGGUUCCAUUGGCUGUCCUGCAAGCCAGAGUCAAAGCCUUGACUUGAUGCGGACAGCUACAGGUAGCAGUGGAAUGAAAUCAAAAGUGGGGUGACAUGAGCCCUUUUUGGCUGAUUGAAGACCAGAUGCGCUACUGCAUUCUGGACCAUCUGCAGUGGUCUUAAUUGUGUAAGCUGGAAGGCCAGACAACAUAGCAUUGCAGUAGUCCAGUCUUGAAAUGACCAGAGCUUGGACCAGGAGCUGUGUAGCAUAUUCAGACAGGAAAGGUUGGAUUUUUCUGAUGUUGUGAACCUGCAAGACUGUUUGCAGUGAAAUUAAGCUGGUCAUCUACCACCACUCCCAGGUUCUCAGCUGUUCUGGUUGGUGUUAGUGUAGUUGAACCAAGUUGAAUAGUGAGGUUGUUGUCAACAGAUGGGUUGGCUGGGAUCACAAGGAGUUCUGUCUUGGCAAGGUUGAGCUGAAGGUGUCGUUCCUUCAUCCAGGCCGAAAUGUCCGAAAGGCAGGCAGAGAUGCAAUCUGAGACAGUAGGGUCAUCAGGCUGGAACGACUGGUAGAGCUGCGUAUCAUCUGCGUAGCAGUGGUAGGAAAAGCCAUAUGCCUCAAUGACUGGUCCGAGUGAUGAUGUGUACAUCGAGAAGAGGAGGGGUCCAAGCACUGAUCCUUGAGGAACCCCAGUGGUCAGCUGGUGUGUCUUGGACACCUCUACUCUCCAGGAGACCUUGAACAAUCUGCCAGUGAUAUAUGAAUCAAACCAUACAAGCGCAGUUCCUGUGAUUCCCAGGUCAGAGAGGGUGGAUAGGAGGAUCUUGUGGUUCACUGUGUCGAAGGCAGCAUAGAAGUCAAGGAAAAUGAGGACGGAUAAUUUGGAGUUAGCUCUCACCAGUCGCAGGUUUUCAGCUACUGACAAGAGGGCAGUCUCUGUUGAGUGUCCUUUUUUAAAGCUAGAUUAAUGUCUGUUGAGUAGGCUGUUCUGUGAGAGAAAAGCAGACAACUGGUUGAAUACGAUCCUCUCCCUUUUAGACAGGAAGUGUAGGAGAGAGACCGGUCUGUAGCUGUUGACUACUGAGGGGUUAUGUGUUGGUUUUUUAAGCAGCAGGGUUAUUCGAGCCUGCUUGAAUGUAUUGGUAAAAUUUCCAGUUGUGAGAGAUGUGUUGAUACUAUGUGUGAGUGCAGGUAAGAUCGAUGGAGAGGCAGCUUGCAUAAGAUGGGAGGAGAUAGGGUCAAGUGGACAGGUGGUUGGACGGUUAGAAAAAAACACUUUGGAGACAUCAGUCUCAGAGAGAGGAGAGAAAGAGGAAAACAGAGGAUGGGAUGUUGGAAGAGAGUAGCUGUGGGUGUUAGGGGUCGAGAACUGGCUGCUGAUGUGGCAAAGUCAUCAGCAGUCAGAGAAGUGGUGGAGGAGGAUGGAGAAGAGAUGAGAAAGUUGAAAUUAGUUUUCAGGAAUCUGAAGUGUUGAACUAAACUGAUCUUGUUCUGGUAAUAAUCAGUUUUAGCAGCAGAAACUCAGCGGAAAAAGAGGAGAGCAUGAUUGAUACUUACACAGGUCAGCAGGGUCUUUUGACUUUUGCCACUGUCUCUCCGCAGCCCUCAGCUCGGUUUGGUGAUCAUGAAGUGUCUCGACAGCCAGGGGCUGGAGGUUGUAGUAUGUGCUGGCCUGGAGGUAAGAGGACAGACACUAUCAAGGCAAGAAGUUAAUGUUGAGCAAAGAGCAUUUAAAUCAUUUGAAGAGAAAUGGUUAGUGGAGGGAAGGGAUGCAGAGACUAUGUAAGAGAAGCGAGUGGGUGAGAGAGACCAUAGGUGGAGUAAGAGGUAAAGAAGGCGGCAGAGGUACAGAAAACUGGAUGAAGAAAUGGUCAGAGAUAUGUAGAGGGCUAACAAGGGGACUAUUGGAGAUACAAUUAUGUGUAAGGAUGAGAACUAUAAUUUAUAAUUAUAUUUAUUUAUCACACAUAUACAUUUGCACAUAUACAGUGAAAUUAUUUUUUUUUCACAUAUCCCAGCUAAGCUGGGGUUAGAGUGCAGGGUCAGCCAUGAUACAGCACCCCUGGAGCAGAUAGGGUCAAGGGCCUUGCUCAAGGGCCCAACAGUGGCAUUUUGGCAGUGCUGGGGCUUGAACCCCCGACCUUCUGAUCAGUAACCCAGAGCCUUAACCGCUGAGCCACCACUGCCCCCACUAGCUGUUUCCCUGCUCUGUGAGUUGCAGGGGUGUGCAGUCUUGUGAGGUCAAAUGAGGUCAGAAGAGCUAGAAAGUCAGCCACUUGAGGCUUUUCCAGGUGGAUGUUAAAGUCUCCAUGGACCGGCAGCAGAGAGCCUUCCUCAGGGAAUGAGGACAGCAAUACAUCUAGCUUUUCAACAAAGAUGCCUAGUUCACCUGGGAGGGCGAUAGAUGACCAAAAAGUGGAUUUUAGCAGGAUUAGUGGCAGUAAAAGCAUGAUAUUCAAAAGUUGUGUUAUUGCGGAGUGAAUUUUCAUGAGUUUGAAAUGAGCAAACCGGUUCUCCCACCCUGCCCAGUCAGACGAGGGGUGUGGGUGAAAGUGAAGUCAGUUGAGAGAGCUGAGGGAGUUGCAGUGUUGUCUCUGCAGAUCCAUGUCUCAGUCAGAGCAAAAACAUUGAGUUUUGACUGACUGGCAAGGGCCGGAAUUAAGUCAGCUUUGUUGACAGCUGACUGGAAGUUCCACAGUCCAACAGAGAUGGAGAGGGGCUCUGGAGAGUCAGUGCUAAGUGACCUAAGGUGCUAUGGAGUGCAUAGUUUACAGUGAGUGCGUGUAGAUUUUCGCCUUCUUGAGACAACAGGAAUGUACUGAAAACACAUAUUAUGAGUAGAAUAAAGAAUAACUAUGAGAAAAAGAGAGAAGGGGCAAAACAGUGUAGUGGCUGGCUCCUUGUCGGUGUCCUUGCUCGGUGGACUUCCGUAGGUUGACUCGCAGGUCUUCGCCCGAGGCAGGUCUUUACCCGAGAUAUGUGCACCACAAUGGGAGAUGCGCCUUACGGCUGCACUCUUUGACUACGAAGAAGCCACACUGUUUUCUUGCUGGAAAAUGCAGGGAUGUUCCUGAGAAAGACAUCAUCUAGAUGGCAUCAUAUACUGCAUAUGAAACAAGUUAAAGGCUUAGCUUCUGUUCUUUAGCUUUUCUGGGACAUCAUUGACUGUCCGCAGUACAUUUUGUUUUGCUGUGAGUGGUGGUUAAUCUCUUUUUCCCAAAAAUAUUAAUGUAAAAAAGUAACACAAAUAUUUAUUCUUGGAGUAAGUAUAUCAAUACAAUUUCAUGAGUUGAUACAGUAUAUAGAUUUUGUACCACCACUUGGAAAUACAAGAACAAACAAUGAGAGAAAAACCAAUUUAGUUUAGAAAAUGUUUUAAAUCUUUAAAGAGUAGUUCAUAUAAAAAGCACUCUGCUGAAAUCAGGUGUGCUGGUUGUUGAUCUGUGGUAGUGUGCUAGCAUCUCUUUUCCUCUGUCUGUGU